AUGACUAUGCGUAUUGCUGCCGUUCAAUUCCACAUUGAUCACAAAAACAAAGAAUCAAAUUGGGACCGAGUUGAAGAAUACAUGGCCAAGGCUUCAGAUUUUAAGGUUGAUCUUAUUGUGUUUCCAGAAUACUUUAUUGGUGGUCCAGGAAAACGAUCGGUUAUUAAGGGAGGUACAGAGAGAUGCCAAGCUCUGGCUCGCAAGUAUAAUAUGGAUCUUGUGCCCGGUACGAUCAUCGAGAUGGAUCGUGAGGACGGAAACCUGUACAAUUGCAGCUAUUACAUUGACAAGAGCGGGAAAAUUUUGCUUGAAUACCGAAAGUUUCACCUUUGGCACCCAGAGAGAUCAUAUCUCAGUCAUGGACAAAAGGGCUUCAAUACAGCUGUGAAUAGAUUUGGACUCAUUAUUGGAAUGUGCGUCUGUUGGGAUAUUGCAUUUCCAGAGGUGUUUAGAUACCUGACUCAAGAAAAGAAAGCUCAGCUUGUCAUCACUCCAGCUUAUUGGAGUAUGGAAGAUUGCGGAGAGCUCGGUUUGAAGCAUGAUCUGCAGAGCGAGGUUAAAUUGCUCAACAAUUUAUGUAUGACCAGAGCAUUUGAGAGUGAGAUUUGCAUGGUUUUUUGCAAUGGUGCAGCAGAAAGCGCUGUUUCACGACCACAACCGUUUGGAAACCUGGCCGGAAGAACCCAGAUUACUGUGCCAUUCAAAGGCCCGAUUGCUCACUGUGACCACGCCAAAGAAGAAAUGAUCGUAGCCGAAGUUAAUGUCAAACAAUUGACUGAUGAUGCAGAAAAGGUGUAUCAGAUUAGAAAAGACUGGAGAGAAGGCAGAGUGUUUGGUGGUGCUAAGAAGGAGGAGGUAGAGACUAUCAUUCCAUAG